GGUGAAAGGCAGUGUUUGGAUAAAGCGGAGAGGACGGCAGAGCGGUGUUCAGUCUGCUCUCGGCCGGCCCGGACCUUCCUCAUCCCCGAUGUUGUUGCGCUGGUUGCUGCCGGCGCUCUGCGCUCUGUCCGCAGAGGCCGACUUCUUUAAGCUCGACAGCAUUUCCAAUGUUUCUACUUACUAUUUUAAUUACAUUUAUUGCAAUAUAUGGGAGGGGGAGUGUCAGCCCAACCAGGACGAUGCUACACAGCAAGUUCCUUCCAGGGACGUCUGGGCAGCUAUUUCUCAGGACUACACGAGCCUGAUGCAUCAGUGGUACUGUAGUCUGGGCCAGUGCUGUGAAUCCGGAGACUGCAGGAUGACCAACAACAUCACAGGUCUGGCAAGGGACCUUCAGACAAAGCUCCACGGGCAGCACCUGGUUCAGUCUGUGGUUCUGAAAGCCAUCCAGGGUUUCAUCAACAACCCAGAGUCCAACAAGCCCCUGACUCUCUCCUUCCACGGCUGGUCUGGCACCGGCAAGAACUUUGUGGCCCGGAUCAUCGCCGAUAACCUGUAUCGUGACGGGGUGAAGAGCGAGUGUGUCCGACUGUUCAUCGCACCGUUCCACUUCCCACAUGCCCGGCUGGUGGACACGUACAAGGGCCAGUUGAGAGAGGCGAUCCGGGACAUGGUGUUGCGCUGCCCUCAGACUCUCUUCAUCUUCGACGAGGCCGAGAAGCUUCACCCGGGCCUCAUCGAUGCCAUCAAACCCUACAUGGAUCACUAUGACAACGUAGAUGGAGUCAGCUACCGCAGAGCCAUCUUCCUCUUCCUCAGUAAUAUUGGUGGAGCUACGAUCAAUGAUGUAGCGCUGGACUUCUGGCACUCCGGUCAAAAUCGAGAGGACAUCGGUAUGGAAGACCUGGAGCAUCGGCUACGAGCUGAAACUAUGGAGUCCCAUGCACGGAGCUCUUUCCCAGGUGGGUUCGCUCAGAGUGAGCUGAUGUCCGGCCACUUGAUCGACUUCUUCGUGCCGUUCCUGCCUCUGGAGUACCGCCAUGUCAAGCUCUGUGCACGGGACGCCUACACAGCACGAGGGCUGGAGGCAGAUGAAGCUACGCUGGAUGAGGUGGCCAAGGCGAUGCUGUAUGUUCCCAAAGAGGAGAGACUGUUCUCAGCUCAGGGAUGCAAGUCAAUCCCCCAGCGGAUCAACUUCUUUCUCCCUUAGAAGGGGAGACAGACAGACAGACAGAGAGACCUGGAGGAGGGGUGAGAUUGAUUUACCAGCCCAUCUGCGUACAGAGCCACAGAGGAGAUGUGUCCUCUCUGCUCUGCUCUACGUACUCUCCCCCCCCACAGAUACAACACGUGUCUGUCCAGGUCCCUCAGAGAAGGCCAGACAGCAGGACUGAUCCAGCAUAAAAGGGGGAAAGCAGCUCGACUCAUCCUGCAGACAUGAGUAAUGCCAGACGUUCAUCGUGUGCAAUGUGGCUGCUCUUCUUCACCUGCCCGGUUUGAAUCCUCACAGUAUCAAGACGAGUAGUAAUGGUUUUGCAAUGUAUCUCAUGGAGAGGUCCUGAUCCACUUUUAGUCUCACUAUUUAUGUCCGUUCACCUUGGCCAAAGUCUUAGUUGCACUGUAUUUUAAGUUUAAGUUCAUACUUCAUGUGUUGGUUUAUGCCUGUCAGAUAUUGUGCUAAAAUUAGCACUGAUUAUUUAUUAACUUCAGUUGUGCCAUAGUUAAACAUUUUGAGUUGUUUGAAUAUACAUUUGUUGGGAAAUGUAAGGUAUAAGUAAAUAUUAAAUGGCACUGUAGUGUGAACGGUGUUGAUGUGUAACAGCUAACUUACAUGGUACUGUGAUGCAAAUGUUACUGGAAAUUGUUACUGAAAAUGUGGAAGUACACAAAAGCAAUGAAUCUAUUGAAAGUUUGAGGGUUUUUUUCUUUAUGUAAAUAUGUUUAUCAACAGUGCUUUUAAUAUACUUUUCAGUGUCGGUUACUAGUGUUUCACAUGUCUUUUUUUUAUCAUUACAUAAUAUACUACUGUUAAUUUUGGGCAUAGUUAACAAAUAUAUUUUAUUAACUGACUUGCUUUAACACUUCCACUCAUGCAUUCACUUUCACAUACUCUCACACAGGUUGUCUGCUUUAGUGCUUUUGGUGCCAAAGCUCAGGGUCACUGCACAAGAAGAACAUGAAAAGAAAUGUCAGAUAUGGUUUUGUGAAAAUAAACAUCUGCAGUAA